CUAUUUGGUCACUACCCACCAAUUAUUUUUACUCCAUACAUAAAUCCAUCACAUACUAUAAUUUUUUUUCCUCUUCUUCUUCUAUAUUGAUUAAUCUUCUUCUUCUUCUUCUCCCAUCCAUGGCUACUAUCCACCAAUCAUUGAAGUUGGCUCUACUUUAUAUAUUCGCAGCAUCGUCCCUCAGCAUUUGCGUAAUUCCAAUUAGGGCCAUCAACAUCGGCGUGGAUGCUAAUGCCGGCCUUUCCUUGGCGAAAGAGUGUAGUAGAACUUGUGAGUCCAAGUUCUGUGGAGUGCCACCGUUCCUGAGAUAUGGAAAGUACUGUGGGCUACUGUACACGGGAUGCCCCGGGGAGAAGCCCUGUGACGGCCUUGAUGCCUGUUGUAUGCUCCAUGAUGAUUGCAUUCGUAUCAAUGACAACGACUAUCUAAGCCAGCAUUGCAACACGAGUUUUUUGAAGUGUGUGACGGCAUUCAGUAAAUCCAAUGCUCCCACCUUUAAGGGAAACACUUGCCAUGUCGGGGAGGUGGUCAACAUCAUCACCGAUGUCAUGGAAGCCGCCAUUCUUGCCGGAAAAAUCUUCAAGAAACCUUAAUUAUAUUACCUUCCUUCCUUAUUAGCUUCACAUUUCAUUUACAAUAAUAACAAUAAUAAUACAAUGCACAUCUUCAACCUUUCACCUUUAUUUAUUGUUAACUUUAUUUCGAGAAAAAAAGGGGUAUUUUACUAUUACACUACUUGCAGUAUACUCUCAGUCAGUCGUUUGGUUUGGAGUCCAAUGCUCCUGCCGCUACAAGUGCAAUUG